ACCACGCACGUUCACUGAACGUCGUUCAGCGCGUGUGGUGAUAGAAUGAUAGAAAAGCUAAACACGCUUCUGUACGGAGGGAAUUAUGAAAUCAAACCGUAUUCUAGCACUUUGUUAAGAAAACCAACCUUCUCUUAUUAGAAUAUCUUUAUGAAAUAACCGAGUCAGAGGAAAAGACGCUUGAAAUCAACAUAGAAAAAUAAGGCCCAGGACUGAAUCAGAUCCAGCCCAGCAUGGACGGAGAUGGAGACGGCCAGAGCCGCUGGUGUCUGUCCCAGGUCAAAGGAGCCGUAGAUGAUGAUGUAGCCGAAGCUGACAUCAUCUCUGCGGUGGAGUUCAGUCAUUCCGGGGAGCUUUUGGCCACAGGAGAUCGAGGUGGAAGAAUAGUGAUCUUCCAGCAAGAGCAAGAGAGUAAGAACUUGCCGCAGUGCCGCACUGAAUAUAACGUCUACAGCACGUUCCAGAGUCACGAGCCGGAGUUCGACUAUCUGAAGAGUCUGGAAAUCGAGGAAAAGAUCAACAAGAUCCGCUGGCUUCCUCAGAAAAAUGCUGCACACUUCCUGUUGUCCACAAACGAUAAAACCAUCAAGCUCUGGAAAAUCAGUGAACGAGACAAACGACCAGAGGGUUAUAACCUCAAAGAAGAGGAUGGCCGCUACAGGCAUCCGUCAUCCCUCACAACACUACGGGUUCCAGUGUUCCAGCCGAUGGACCUGAUGGUGGAGGCGAGUCCGCGGCGGGUUUACUCCAACGCUCACACCUACCACAUCAACUCCAUCUCUGUCAACAGCGACAACGAGACGUAUCUGUCCGCCGAUGACCUCCGGAUCAAUCUGUGGCACCUGGACUUCACCGACCGAAGCUUCAACAUUGUUGAUAUCAAGCCGGCCAACAUGGAGGAGCUGACAGAGGUGAUCACGGCUUCAGAGUUUCACCCGCUUCAGUGCAACACGUUUGUGUACGGCAGCAGCAAGGGCUCCGUGCGCCUGUGUGACAUGAGGGCGUCUGCGCUGUGUGACCAACACUCCAAAUUGUUUGAGGAACCCGAGGACCCCAGCACACGCUCCUUCUUCUCGGAAAUCAUCUCAUCCAUCUCAGACGUCAAGUUCAGUCACAGCGGCCGAUACAUGAUGACCAGAGAUUAUCUGACCCUCAAGAUCUGGGACCUGCACAUGGAGAGUCGACCGGUGGAAACCUACCAGGUUCAUGGUUAUCUCAGGAGUAAGCUGUGCUCUCUCUACGAGAACGACUGCAUCUUUGAUAAGUUUGAGUGCUGCUGGAGGGGCGAUGACAGCGAGGUCAUGACGGGCUCUUACAACAACUUCUUCCGGAUGUUCAAUCGCGACGCCCAGCGCGACGUGACCCUGGAAGCCUCGUGGGAGAACGGCUCCCCUGGAUGCCCGCUCAAGACCUGGCGCGUGUGCACGGGGAGCCGGCGCAAGAGGAGCGAGAUCGGCGUCGACUGCCUGGACUUCAGCAGAAAGAUCCUCUACACCUCCUGGCAUCCUCAGGAUAGCAUCGUCGCACUGGCCACAGUCAAUAACCUUUACAUAUUCCAGGAGAAAGCCAAUUAGGAAUUUCGAACGGCUUCGUCCCCAUUCCUAGCUCCAAGAGUCAGACUGGAUACACGCCAAGCACAAGGUCUCUCCUGAAACUCAUAGUCUUAAUAUUAACCACUGUAGUACACAAAAACCUUUGGGUUAUUCUAUUACGUUAAUUGAUACACUGUAGGCCGGAGGAAGGGAUUUUUAGUUGUAUUACUGUAUUUGUUUUUUUAUUUUUAUUUUGCACAUCGUCCGUUUUAGCUUUAAUC